AUGGAAAAUCUUCAAAGGUUUCUCUGGAUUGGAAGACAAUGUGUUAUUGAACUUGUGGUCACCACCUGUGCUCCACGUCAGCUCUAUAACAUCUUCCCAUGGAUAAUGAAACAUCUUCCUGGAUCACACCACACAACAUUAGCCUCCUGGAGACAACUGAAGUCAUAUAUUUCUAAAAUAGUUGAAAAUCACCGCAGAGACUGGAACCCUGAUGAACCAAGAGACUUCAUUGAUGCUUUCUUCACGGAAAUGACCAAGCACCCCGACAAAGCUACUACAAGUUUCAAUGAAGAAAACCUCAUCUGCAGCACUCUAGACCUCUUCUUUGCUGGAACAGAGACAACAUCCACGACCCUGCGCUGGGCUCUGCUUUACAUGGCUCUCUACCCAGAAAUCCAAGCAAAAGUUCAGGCUGAAAUUGACAGAGUGAUUGGCCAGGAGAAGCAGCCCAGCCUGUCUGACAGAGACUCCAUGCCCUACACCAAUGCCGUUGUCCAUGAGGUGCAGAGGAUGGCAAAUAUCGUCCCUCUAAAUGUUCCCAGGAAAGUGACAGCUGACACUACUCUGGCUGGAUUCCACCUGCCCAAGGGCUCCAUACUCCAGACCAAUUUGACUGCACUGCACAUGGACCCCAAAGAAUGGGCCACCCCAGAUAUCUUCAAUCCGGAGCACUUUUUGGAGAAUGGAGAGUUUAAGAAGAGAGAAUCUUUUCUGCCUUUCUCAAUGGGAAAGCGAGCUUGCCUUGGGGAACAAUUGGCCAGGUCUGAGCUCUUUAUUUUCUUCACUGCUCUUGUGCAAAAAUUUACUUUCAAGCCGCCAGUCAAUGAGAAGCUGAGCCUAAACUCUAGACGUGGCAUCCCCGUUUCCCCAGUCAGUCACCGUCUCUGCGCUGUCCGUAGACUGUGAAGUCAGAAGCAGAAAGAGAAUAAAGAAGAACAACUGAGCAAUCUUCUGAGCCACUGGAGCCACUCGUAUGUGAAGGGAGAGAAGGAAGGUGACCAGGGAAAGAUGGGAAGACUAGGCUACAGUUAUUGGAUCCAUGUCCUGGACUGCUGUGUCCUCUGAACUGGUCAUCACUUAUACAUCUUUUUAUAAAUUUAUACAUCACUUAUAGAUCUUUUCAUCUAAGAGUUACAAAGAGAAUGAUGGCUCCCCCUGUAAAGAAAGUGCUUGUAAAUAUGAAAGGUGGGUUAGAAACAGCAUGAAAAUCAUUAAAGUCAUAUCAUAAAAUUA